AUUGAUAUUUUCCUGUAUAUAAGCCCAGGUUUAUCGUUUUUCAUCCAACCACAGGAUGAGAAAAAUACUUUACCAAUAUUCCAGUCAAGUACCGAUCAAUAGUUAAGUUUCAAACCUAUACAUAGAAUAAUGAGAUUUACUAGGGUAUUAAGACAAGCUGAAGAAGUUUUAGUUAAGGCUGCUUCUGGUUAUCCAACUGGGUUAACCGGAUUAUAUCAACAUCCAAAUCCAAGACCAGCAUUAAUUUCAUUAUAUAAACAUACUUUAACAGUAUUAGAAACAAAAUUUCCAAAAGAAUCUGUAUAUAGACAAUCUGUUGAAGCAUUAACUAAGAAUAGAUUAAAGAUAGUAGAAGAAGAAGAAAUUACUGAAAAUAUUGAAAAUAAAAUUGGUGGAGGAUUAAUUGAAGAAGUUGUUAUUCAAGCUCAUGAAGAAUUAACUUUAGCUAAUGAAUUAGCACAUUUAAAAGUAUGGGAAGAAUUAGAAGAAAAACCUUUAGAUGAUCAAUGGAUCUAUUUUGGUAAGAAGGUUUAAAAUCUUUCAAAUGAUUGUAUAAUAGAAAUUCAUCUCCCCUACCCACUAAAUUCAUCUCCUUACCCCUAUGCAUAGUAUUCUGUUAUAAAAAUUAUCAGAGCUACCUAACUAGUUUUAUUUCUUAUAGUUUAAAUAUAUUUAAUUUUUAGAU